AUGGGUACCCCCACGGACAAGAUGCAAGACGAAGAGAAAUAUCCAGUCGAGCCCAAAUUGGUCGCCGGAUCCAGCGAUAAAUCCUCGGCCAGCGUGGAAGAUGAGGUACCCCCAUAUAUGCGGGAUACCAGCAAGAAGGGCGUUCUGGCAAAGCUGCGCGGGUGGGAGGAGGCCUUGGACCGGGAGAUCGGCGUCGAGACCCAUGGCAUAUCGCGACGGCGACCCGAGGACAGGGACCCUGCGUAUGGGUCGUGGAGCAACCAGGCCGUGAUGUUCCUGAUGUGGAUGUCCGCAACAAUGAACCUCAGCUGUUUCGCGACUGGGUUUCUUGGGUGGGAGCUGGGCUUAGACUUAUCCAGAACUAUCACCAUUACAAUAUUCAGCACCCUGCUUGGGAGCGCAGUCACUGGCUGGUGUGCAACAAUGGGGCCCGGUACUGGGCUUCGACAGGUGUCUAUCUCGAGGUAUUCAAUAGGUUGGUGGCCGAGCAAGCUGAUCGCGGCGCUCAACGUCGUCGAGCAGAUCGGAUGGUCCUCGGUCGGCUGCAUCACAGGCGGGCAAGCCCUGGCGGCCGUGUCAGACGGGCGGCUAGGCUCAGAGCUGGGCGUCGUCAUCGCGGCCGUCUGCGCCUUCGUCGUCUCCUUCGUGGGUCUCAAGGCCGUCUUCACCUACGAGAAGUUCGCCGGCCUCGUGCUCGCCGUGGCCUUCCUCAUCAUGUACGGCUACGCGGGCGCGUCGGCGGACCUCGCGACGCCCGCCCUCGCGGGGCCGACGCUGUCCGGGACGGCUCUGACGCUAUUCGCCGUGCUAUACGGUUCCUCGGCGUCGUGGUGCUCCAUAGUCAGCGACUACUACGUCGAAUAUCCCGUCGACACGAGCAAGUGGAAGGUCUUCCUCCUCACCACGCUGGGCAACAGCAUCCCGACCUGCCUCGGCAUGAUCCUCGGCUGCAUCUGCGGCUCGGCCCUGAACAACAAGGCCGACUGGCUGGAGAGUUAUGACUCGGGCAUCGGCUACCUCAUCCAGACCAUGGUCCGCCCGGUCGGCUUCGCCAAGUUCCUCCUCGUCAUCCUCGCCUUCUCUGGCAUCGCCAUGACGGCCAUCGCCAUGUACUCGGCCGGCCUGUCGGUGCAGCAGUUCGCGCGGCCGCUGGGCGUCGUGCCCCGCUUCAUCUGGACGUCCAUCAUGUUCGUCGCCAUCAUCCUCCUGGCGCUGGUCGGUCGAGACCAGCUGCUCACCUUCCUGCAGAAUUUCCUCUCCCUCCUGGGGUACUGGAACACGAGCUUCUUCGUCAUGCUGGCCGCGGAGCACUACUUGUACCGCGGCGGGCUACGCUGCGGCUUCCAGGGCUACGACCUCGACGCCUGGAACAACCCGCGGCUCCUGCCUUUCGGCUGGGCCGGCGGCCUCGCAUUCGCUGCGGGCAUCGCGGGUGCUGUUGUUGGAAUGAGCGAGACUUUCUAUGUGGGCGUGCUGGCGGCCAGGAUCGGGGAUAACAGUGGGGAUAUUGGAAACCAGCUUUCGUUCCUGUUCACGCUUGCUGUAUAUGUGCCUGCGCGUUGGGCCGAGAGAAAGUUCACUGGGAGAUAG